ACGCAUGGGUAGUAGGCGGGGGAGGGAGAAAAGUAAAACGGCCGCGGCACGGAAUGCGCGCGCGCGCGCCUCCUCCUCGCAAUCCGGCUGGAUCCUGUUAUGCCGCUGGCGCUGCUGGGAUGGUUGCGGGAAGGAGUUGAGGGGGGGUGGUAAGCGGGCGGGCUCUAGUCUGUGCGCAGUAGAGAGAGGCGAGCAUCUAGUAGACGCGAGAAGUACCAGUAGCUGCUGCUUCUGCUACGAGAACAAGCGCUCCUGUCCCGCUACGUGCCGCUAAGGGGGGAAAAAAUCAAGGAAAGCUUGACGGUCGCCGUCCGGCAUUGCCACUUGUUCCGUCAUGCCGAAAAGAAAGGUUAACGCUGCUGAAGAAGAGCCUAAGAGGCGAUCAGCACGACUGUCAGCUAAACCUGUUCCUGCCAAAGUUGAAACCAAGCCAAAAAAGGCAGCUUCAAAGGAUAAAUCUGAGGAAAAGAAAGCCGAAAUCAAAGGGAAAAGAGGACCAAAGGGGAAGCAAGCUGCAGAGAUUAAGAAAGAUGAAGUGAAGGAUUAUUUGCCUACAGAAAAUGGAGAAGCAAAAAGUGAUGAGGUUCCAGUAUCUGACGCAGAUGGAGAGAAAGAAGCAAAAUCUGAGUAGCAUCUGGUACAAAGUGUUAAAACAGUGGUUCUUGUACCACCAUCUUGUACAAUUCAGAGGAAUAUUUUUAUCAACUAUUUUGUAAAUUCAAGUUUUUUAGUGGUUUUAGAAAACAUUUUUAAACAUGAGGGGAUCCUCCCCAUAUCCCACUUACUGUAACUGAGCGUAAAUGCUUUUGUUUAAAGGGUAAAAAUGUAGUGGUUGCCUACUGUCUGUACAACCAACAAUUUAACGGAAUGUUAAAUUAAGGGGGAAAUUGUGAUUACUUAACAUUCCAUAGGCAGCAACAGGCAACUUGCAAUUUACACGUGGCCCUUCAACGUUAUUUUUAUGAAUUCAACUGAAUUUGGAAAUAUAAAGAAACAAUAUUCAGUAUAAGUAUGUUUUCCAGAGGCAAACAAAUUAUACGCCUUUGCUGUAGAUUGGAAGGGUGAUUUUUAUAAUCUGCUAACAAGCAUGCGCAGAAUAAGAUUUCCAGCAUUGUGAUAAGUAGGAAAAUGUCUUCAUGUUUAACACUUGUCCUUGAUAUGUCAUAAAAUUAAUUGCUUCCUCACUAAAAACUGUUCCCUGGUGUUGGAUCAUUUCAGAUUUAUCUGUGACAGAGUUAUUUUUGGUAGCAGUGAUUUAUAUUUUCAAUAGCUUUGUAAUCGUGUUGUGAAAGAUUGGAAAUCUGGGUGUGUAGUGUGUGUGUUGUUCAGUUACUCAGUAGGAAACGCUUCUAGUUAAACAGAUGUAACAUCACAAGUAUUUGAAACACUGGUACUUUCCUAGUUUGAAAGAAUGAUUUAUCAAAAGUCAUAACAUGUUGGAUGACAGCUGUGGUUUACAUUCAAAUUAUUGGAAGAAAAAUCUGUACAAUAUUUCUGUGGUUCAUUGAACAACCAAUAAAACCUUGGUUAUUAACUUUUA